UGUGAACCAUGUAAAACCCUGGUGUUCCCUUGAAGUCAGAAGAGAGCUUUGGAUUCUUCUGGCCAGAAAUGGAGUUGGGAUCCUAAAAGUGAGGCCUGGGUUUAAUCUAUGUUCUUUGCAAAAGCAAAUGAUCUUCAUAAAGUCCUCUUUUUAUAGCUUAUUAUAUUUUUAUUUGUGUUAUUUUAUUUUUUUAUGAUCAUUUUAUCAUUAAUCUUUUUGAGAACUUUGUCAGUCAGUGCCUUAUUAAAAGUGCAGUUUUUCAUAGGAAUACCAUAGAAGCAUUAUAGUUCAUACAGGGUCAGUUUUUUGAUAGACAAGUACAUUUCUGGAGUGAAUGUUUAACUCUUUGGAGGAAUUUUGAGUGAGUCUCUGUGUUCUUUCUGUCUUGUUUUAUAUUUUUCUUUGGGACAGGGUCUUAUGUCCCUUUGUCUUGAAGAUCCCUACAUAGAACUGGUUGGCCCAGAACUUAGAGAUUCACCUGCCUCUGCCUCCUGAGGUCUGAGAUUAAAGGUGAGUGCCAUCACACCCAUCUUUUACCUCCUUAUUUGAGGUUAGUAAUUUUGCUGAUGUAUCCUCAGUUAGGCCCCUCUGUUUGUAUCUCUUUGUAUAUGUUAGUAGGCAUUUGUCCUGCAAAGUAAUACCUUAUUCAUUGUGAACACAAAUGAGAGGCUUGAUUCUCCUUUACUGUUUCUUUCUAAAAUGAGUUGGUGAUUGCAUUUGCAAUUCUUGGAAUUAAUAUGCUAGGCACACAGAAUUAUGUAAAUAUAUUUUCAGUGAGGUAUGUUUAUAAUGCAGUCUCCUUAUUUCUAUAACAUAUAUAUGUAUACUUUAUAUAUUUAAAUGUAUAUACCCUGUAUACACAUACACAUACAUAUACAUCGUAUACUUUAGGAUGCAAUGACUUAUGAGGAUGUGCAUGUGAACUUCUCUCAGGAAGAGUGGGCUUUGCUGGAUCCUUCUCAGAAGAGUCUCUACAAAGAUGUGAUGCUGGAAACCUACUGGAACCUUACUUGUAUAGGCUACAUAUGGGAAGACCACAAUAUUGAAAAUCAUUGUCAAAGUUCUGGAAGACAUGGAAGGUAUCUUCAAGUACAUGAAAGAAUUCAUGCUGCAGAGAAACCCUAUAAAUGUAAUCAAUGUGGUAAAGCCUUUGCAUGUAAUAGUUACCUUCAAAUCCAUGAAAGAACUCAUACUGGUGAGAAACCCUAUAAAUGUAAUCACUGUGGUAAAGCCUUUGCGUGUAACAGCAAUCUUCAAAAGCAUGAAAGAAUUCAUACUGGAGAGAAACGGUAUAAAUGUAAACAAUGUGGUAAAGCGUUUGCAUAUAGCAGUAAUCUUCAAAAGCAUGAAAGAACACAUACUGGAGAGAAACCCUAUGAAUGUAAUCAAUGUGGUAGAGCCUUUACAUGUCACAGUAGUCUUCAAAUUCAUGAAAGAAUUCAUACUGGAGAGAAACCCUAUAAAUGUAAUCAAUGUGGUAAACCCUUUGCACGUAAAAGGUAUCUUCAUAUUCAUGAAAGAAUACACACAGGAGAGAAACCCUAUAAGUGUAAUCAAUGCGGUAAAUCCUUUGCAUAUAGCAGUAGUCUUAACAAGCAUGAAAGAAUUCAUACUGAAAAAAAAAUUCCCCCAGCCAUCUAAGAAAGAGGAAUAACUGCAUAUCAAAUCUUUUUCCCCACUGAGCUUUCUCACUGGUGUUUGAUUAAGAUUACUAGAUCCAUUCCUUCUUUAAAAUAUUGUCUCCUUUUCAAAUUUUAUAUGUAUUAUCAUCACAAAAUACAGGAAUACCAUAUAAUUUGAAUAAUAAAAUUUUGUGAAUGAAAA